GAUUAUGAGGCAGUGUGCUGUGGCCCGAGUGUCUGUGGCGCGUCUUGUUGUUUGACAUCCAGAAUUUCGUGAAUUUUUGACCUUUCUAGUGAUUCAUUGUUUGAUUUAGCAAGUGUCGCCAUAAGUGCUGUCACGAAAAUGUCUAGUAUUUGGUUAUUACCCCCCUAACGUCGCCAGAACCAGCCUUUUGAGGUGUAGUGAUGGGGCACGAUGAAUGGGGAGCCGAACACCAACCCGCAAGUGCCCGUCACCACCCUCGCGGGCAUCGUCAGCCUCACCGAGUUACUUCCUGAGUUGCCACUUCCUUCAUCAUCCGUGGGCUUCGGGGAUUCUCGGUCACUUUUAUUUCAUCCCCGUGUUGCUGAGGAGGCCCAGAGGCUCCUUUCCUGCCAGGACCCAGCUCUUUUGGAACAGCUUGCUAAUUCACUUGCAUUAACAGAUGCUGAUCAUAUAGAACUUAAAGAACAGUAUGCUGAGACAGAGGUGACUGUAGAGGUGAAGACAGCACCACCUCUGUUGGAAGGAAUACUGCGCUGUAACCCAGCUGUUUUUACUGGCAGGCAAGGUGGCAGUGAGAGUAAUCUUAAGCCUGAAAUUGGAAAAGUCGGUGGACAAGUCAAUCAUAAUAGCUCUCUUCCAAAGCCCAAGCAUAUAAAUAAUGUGUCUGUGAUUCAGUGUGGCCCUGCACUUGUCAACGCUACGCAGGUGAAGGUCAAGGCGGAACCUGGAGGCCCUCCAACUUCGGCUGCGACUUCACCUGAAAGGAUACCGAGUGAUCAGCUUAUUAGUGAACACACAGAUAAAGCAUUAACUAAACCAAGUCACCAAAUAGAUAAAUCUGUAAGCAAAUCUAAACACGGAGACAAGUCUGUUGAUAAUCAAAAACAACCAUUAGAUAAAUCAGUUGGCAGUCAACGAAAUCAGAGCAUCCCGUCUUGUGAUAAACCGAAGCAUCAGGGUGACAAGUCCUCCAGCAGACAAGCGUGUAAACUAGACAACCAAAUAGCCCAUGUUGCCCCUGAGAAAGAAAAAGAAAAAGGUUCUCAAAACCAUACCCCAAACACCAAAACAAAAGAUUCCAAAGACAAUGUCAACGCUGUGGCAAGGAUCAUGAAAGAGCCAGUGGUGGUUCUCAAUAAGCUCUCCUCGGAGGAGCUUAAAUCGAUGUCCCGCAUCCCCAAGCUUUCUGGAGUUGGAAGUAAUGCUAAAACCGACAAACAUGCAGAUACACCCUCCAAAAACAGCAGCAGCUCAAGAAGGUCUCGGGGAACGCGGGAGACUAGUAAGUACAAAGAGGUCAGCUCAGAAUCGGAGUCGGAGGAUGAGGACAAGAAAAAACCAAAUAAGUAUUUUAAGAAUCGUGAACGAGAACGAGAAGAAAAAAAGAAAAAAGACAAAGCUGAUCGUAAGAGAAACAGGAUACAGUCAGACGAAGAAGACUAUGACCCCGAUCAGGAAACAAAACGGAGAAGAAAAGGAGGCCUUCAGGAUGAUGAUGUAGAGGAUGACGAUGACUCUGAUUAUGCAGAAGCAGGAUCAGAAUCUACACGGGGCAACAAAAGAUCAGCACCACCUGUCUCACUUCCUAAGAAAACGUAUACCAGCAAGCGAAUAGAACGAAAGUUAGUGCCUCAAACCGAAAAGCUGAGUGCCGAGGAACUCAUGGAAACUGGAGUUUAUCAAAGAUUCAAUAGAGCUGUUGAGAAAAUCUUUGAUAACACUGAAGACCUUGAUGUUAAUGCAGAAAUUGAAGAGGAUGGUGAUGUUCCACAGGAGUACCUAAUUCCUAAGUAUGAACUGACAGACCUAUGUUCAGAGUCUGCAAAGCUCAAGAGUUUGGGAGCCAUGGCCAUUGUUCCACCUGAGCGGCUAGUUAGGCUCCUCAACAUUCUUGAGAAAAAUAUCCGUGAUGGAACAAGAGUCACUCCUAUCGUAGAUGAGGAUGACGAUGAUGAUGAUAAGCUUUGGAUGGAGUUAGUGAUGGAGCGCAUUCUACGGGCAAUGGAUGCCUCCCUUACAGCCAUGUACAUCAUGACUUCGCUGAACAUGAGCAAGAGAGUCUACCUCGAGGAUGUUAUUGAAAGAUGUGUACAGUUUACAAAAUUUCAGCUCUCCAAUACUAUAUAUCCAUCCUUUGACCCUGUUUACAGAGUGGAUAGUAAAAAAGCCGAGAACUAUGUGGGAAACAUGAAGAGAAAACGUGCCCAGUGCAAAGAUGUCCGCAAUCGUAGCAUUCUAGGUCUUUACAACAAGCUUCAUGAGGUGGUGGGCUUGCUGGCUGAUCUUCUCAGUAUACAAACCCUCACAGAUACCACAGUAUUGCAACUCUCCACACUAGGUGUUGGGCCUUUUUUUGUUGAGAAUGUGUCAGAAUUGCAGCUGUCUGCUCUCAGGCUUGUUACUAAGGUGUUUUCGAAGUACAACAAACACCGCAGAUUAUUACUGGACGAUAUUCUUGCUUCUAUAGCACGUUUACCUAAUAGUAAGAGGAGUUUGAGAACUUACAGAUUAAAUUCUGAUGAAAAUAUUCAGAUGUUGACGGCCUUAGUGUUACAGUUAAUACAGUGUGUUGUUGAACUUCCGGAAGAGCUGGCACAAGUUGCUGGUGUUAAAAGUAGUAGUGAAAGUGAUAGUCAAAAUUCCAAAGAUUCGAAAGAUUCUAAAGAUUCUAAAGACGCCAAAGUUGCGGAGGAAAAAAAAAGGGAGUUGAACAUGGACAGAGACGUGUUAGUGUGUAAUCGCUAUGAAACUGCCAUGAGUACAGCAUAUAGUUUUUUAUCGGUGUUCCUUCAGAAAACUGGCAGCAAAAGUGAGGAAAUUGAUUAUAGACCACUGUUUGAAAAUUUUGUGCAGGAUCUUCUUGCAACGGUGAACAAACCCGAGUGGCCUGCCUCUGAACUCCUCUUGUCACUUUUGGGCAAGCUUCUAGUACAAAAGUUUAGUAACAAAAACUCUGAUAUGGCCCUACGGGUAUCUUCGCUGGACUGUCUUGGAGUGGUAGCUGCAAAACUGCGCCGAGAUGCAAUCUCCUCACAGUUGCAACUGGAGAGUAUCAAGGCUACUAUCCAGGAAGUGAAAGAGGAGGAAAACCGUGAUGCUCCGAUGCUGGAGGAUGGAUCUCCUCCUACAGAAAAUGGUACCACAAAUACUACCAACUCAUCUUCAAGCAAAAAAAGUAAAAAAAAGAAAGGUGGAAGCGAGAAAAUGAAAGAAAAUAACGGACCCUCGGAUGAAGAACAAGAGCGGACAAUGUUCUUGCAACGUGUGCUCUUAGAUUGGCUGGCAGUAAACUCUGGAAGUGAAUCUGCCUUACUCCAUGCGAGACAUUUUUUUAUUGGUCAGUGGUAUCGAGAAGCAUUCUCAGAGAUCAUGCGUCAAAAGCAAGGACCUCUACCGCAGCCUAGUGCAAGAAAAUCAGGGAGUCAUAACAAGAAGAAGAGAAAGAGAAAAGUUGAUGAAAGUGAAGAAGAAAGCAGUGAAGAAUCAGAUGAUGAAGAUGAUGAAGGGAAGAAAGGGCAAGUAGAUGAGGCUUUAGUGGCAGAGGUUACACAGCUUGCAGAAAAAAGAAAGUUAUUCCUUCUCACUAAGAUACCACCCUUUCCACCAGCAUCACCUGGAGCAAAAACACAGACUUUGCAAACUCACAUAGGAUAUGAAAAUGCCGAACUCAUCACUAGAUACCUUGCAUCAAAGAGACCCUUUUCUCAGAGUUUUGACAUGUAUCUUAAACAGAUUCUGAGAGUUUUAACGGAGUCUGCGAUCGCAGUCCGCACAAAGGCUAUGAAGUGCCUAACUAUGGUGGUAGAAGCUGAUCCUGCAGUUCUGUCUCGUAAUGACAUGCAGCUUGGUGUUCACCACUCCUUUUUAGACCACUCUACUUCUGUUAGAGAAGCAGCUGUUGAUCUUGUUGGAAAGUUUGUGUUAUCACGUCCAGAAGUCUUGAACACCUAUUAUGAAAUGAUUUCUGCAAGAAUAUUGGACACGGGUGUUAGCGUAAGAAAACGUGUUAUUAAGAUCUUGAAAGACAUAUGUCUUGAAUGUCCUGACUUUACCAAGAUCCCGGAGAUAUGUGUGAAGAUGAUUCGAAGAAUCAACGAUGAAGAAGGUAUCAAGAAGCUAGUGCAGGAGGUCUUCCAGAAUAUGUGGUUUACACCAGUAAGAGAGAGGCCACAUCUUGAUGAAGAAGCUCUGCUCAGAAAAGUCAAUAAUAUUACUGAGGUAGUGGUGGCGUGCAGGGACACAGGCCUUGACUGGUUUGAGCAGCUUCUACAUAGUAUGUUUAAACCUAGAGAAGAUAAAGAGGAUGUUACUAAGGUCAACACAGAGCCCCCAAAGUCCCUAGUGACGGCAUGCAAGCAGAUAGUUGAUUGCUUGGUCAGACACAUCCUGGUUCUUGAAGAAGAUGGGCAGGAAAGUCAUCCGGGCGAUGAACCACGGACCACAACACAGCGUAUUUUAGCAUGCCACAAGACACUCUAUUUAUUUGCAAAAAUCCGUCCCCAGCUUUUGGUGGACCACGCAAUAACACUUCAGCCUUACUUAGCGUGGAGAUGCCGGACGCAAGUAGAUUACACAAUGAUUGGUGUGGUGGCACGAACGUUAGAACUAGUUGUACCCCUAAUGGAGCACCCAAGUGAAACCUUUCUCUCACAACUUGAGGAAGAUGCUGUCAAGUUAAUUUUACAGCAUGAUCGAACAGUCAUCACAUCAUGUCUAGCACUUCUUGGGUCAAUUGUCAACACAGUUACCAAAAAUUACAGACUCAUUAAGGAUUGUUUUAAUAGAUAUCACAGCUUUAUUGUAGAUUAUAAAAGAUUAAAUGAGGACAAUCCAGAUAAUUCCAAACUAGAAACCUUGAAACCUCUCUUCAGAAGAGCACUCUACACCAUUGGUCUCCUUUUAAAACACUUUGACCUCAAAGAUGAAAAAGUCAGAUGUGGAUUAUCGGAUGACAUUACUGAACAAGUAUUCGAGACGCUUAUGUACUUCAUGGAUUCUCCUGAUAUGAACCUUCGUUACUACACCUUACAAGCUUUGGGAUUUGUCUGCAUUCGGCAUUAUGAAUUGAUGAUGGGGAAUCGCUUGAAACAGCUGUAUCACGUGUUGUUACUUGAGCCGUCCGUGAGCAGCCGGCUUCGAAUACAAACCCUUCAAAAUAUCGAGACAUACCUCCAGGAGGAAGAGGUUCGCAUGAUCAAGCAAGAUCAGGAAUGGGCUAAGCAGAAAACCAGAGAGAAUUUGAAGGAAAUGUGUGAUGUCCAGUCUGGCAUGGCCUCUGCUAUCAUUCAAGUAUACCUUAAACAAGUGCUGGAAUGUGUAGUAGCAGGUUGUGUGAUUGUUCGACACUCAGCACUGCGCGUCAUCCAACUGGUGUUGGCCCAGGGUUUAGUUCACCCCGUCCAGAUUGUGCCAUACCUUGUGUGUAUGUCCACAGAUACAGAGGAGGCCAUUGCCCAUUCUGCAGAUAUUCAACUUCAAGAUAUUGAAAAGAAAUACCCUGGCUUCAUUGGGAUGAAGGCUAUGCAAGGUUUCAGGCUGUCGUAUAGAUUACACUCCCUUAUUCAAGCAACGCCUCCUACAAGAGGGUUCCGAAUCAAGGAAGGGGAACACCCUGGAGCUCUUAAUGGUUUUUUAUACUCUAUCAUGCGAUCCACAAAACAACAUAGAAGAGCAGUAGCAUUCUCUUUGUUAAAGCAGUUUGAGGAACAAGCCAGAACCAACUUAAGUGAACUGCUUUUCAUCGCAGACAACUUGGCAUAUUUUCCUUAUCAGGUGCUGGAUGAGCCACUUUUCAUCAUUCAUCAUAUUGAUAUUAUGAUUUCUGUCACUGGUUCCAAUCUUCUCCAGGCUUUCAGAGAGGCUCUCCUGCCACCUACUAAUGCAGAAGUCAAAAUAAAUCCUGAGACUGGCCAGCCUGAGUAUGUGGAUGACCUGGAUGAUGAAGAGGAUGUGGAGGUAUACAUGUCACGCCUUCCACCAAGUUUGACCCCUCUAGUGGACUGUAUCAAUGCUUCUCAGGGUUGUCUACUCUUGCUCAUGUUGAAAGACUACUUGAAGGAGAUAUAUGGAAUAACUGAUGGAAAAAUUACUCAGUACUCCCCUUCUGAUACUUCCAAACAGUAUGAAAAGGGUACAUCUAGAAAAAGUUCAGCGAAGUUCAACCCCAAGCCAAUCCUAAAGCGGUUAAAAGAGGAGCCAGACCAGGAAUCAGAUUCUAAAGAUGAUCCUAGACCAAAGAUUGACCUCAUUAACCAAUACCUCAAUUUUAAAGCACUCAUGUUGAAGAUUGAUCCGGACGAUGAUGAUGACUCGGAUAUAGACCUACCCAAAAAAUCAUUCCAGAAUGAUAUCUCUGUUCCCAAUACAAGAACUUUAAGAGGGAGUCAGAAUGCUAGUGAUGUUCCAUUGCUGCCUGGCACUCACGACGGAUGGAAGGAUCAACCAAAGGGUACAGCAGAAAUGACUCCCGAGGUACUCGGCACAGUUGGCAACGCUGUGAUUGAAACAAAAACUGAAGAACAAUUACCUCCCCGGCGUUCUCCUAUUAAACCUAUCACCAUACGUACAUCACAGGUGACGCACAGUAGAGAACACCGCUCUCACCAUCAUCACCAUCGUUCCUCGCAUAGAUCUUCCAGCCAUAAAAAACACAAGAAAAAGAAGAAACGGAGGAGAAAUAGUGAUUCAGAGGACGAUGAUAGUGAAUAUAGUGACCCUGAUUUUCUUGUAUAGUAGUUAUUGGUGCAUUACUACAAUUGGCUGGAUAGCCUAUGCUGGACAAGGACCACAUAACAAAAUUCACGGUGCACUGAACACACUGCAUACUAUUAAGGCAUACAUGUGUGGAUGCAUUGAUUUGAAAAGUGGAUAAAACAGUAUAUAGUGAUGCUAAAGUGACCUUUAUAUUAAAGAAAGAUUUUGAUUUAGAGUACACAUAGUAAAAAAAAUAUUUUUAUUCCAAGCAAUACAUUAGAUAAGGAUGUUAUUUUGCACCGACGAUUGCAUUGACUCGAAGCCCUGAAUUGCAAUACCUCUGGUGGGACAAGAAGGCAACCUAAAUGCUGUGAACGUGAAAUAGUUAUUCAAGUACUGGAACUAAGUACUACUUGCUAAUUAUGCCUUUAGAUUAGUAGGAUAAAGUCCCCAAGUACAAUUAGUUUUGUACAAGACUAUGAACAUACUAAAGCUUCUUUACACUGAGGAAAAUUUCCAUGAGAUGGUAAUGAGCCAGUGAGAAUGUAUUUAUUAUUUAUUGUACAGUAAAGUUUGAACACUUAAUACUUUAUUAUUUAUUGAAAAAAUUGGCCCCCGCAUUGGUAAACUUUUGAGCAAGAGAGCACUGGUUGUGAGGGUUUAGGGAUAGUGAAGUGUAUACGUACUCACAAAGCUGAAUGUGGAGGCUGUAUUGAAUAUUUUUCUUAUAUAUAAAUAUAUAUAUCUAUAUAUAUAUCUUAGAAUUUUUCUAAAUGAAAGGAGUGCGAGUUGUAUUUACCAUCAUAUAAAUUUUCAAUGAAUUUAAUUUUUGCCAGUGCAAUUUUGUAUGACAUUGAAGGACCAGAUGACUGACCUGUUAUUUUAAUUUCAUCCUUCUAUUGUCUUAAUUCAUGCACAAAUGUUCAAUAUUUGAACUGCUGGACUUAUGCAAUGUUUUAUACAAUUGACCAAACCUGGGAAGUUUAUAUUGUUUAUUUGCCUUUGUGAUAUCAACUCCUCUUAUACACAGUUUCCUGCCAAAUACUUGUGUGAAUACAACCAUGAAAGACUGCCAUAUAAAAGCACAUUUUGUAAAAUAAGUCCAAAAGGAGUCAGAUUGACAUUUUUGUGAAUAUAGUGACCACUAAUUGCAUAAGUAUGUGUUCCAUAAUACUUGUCUAUUUUUACCUGAAUGUAAUGAUGUCACAUCUCAAGAAAGUAGUUUAGAGAGUAGGAAGAAGUGUAGAAGUGGUCUGUAUAUUGGCAACCCACAAGUGAAAUCAUUUUUUAUUGGAUAAAAAAGUACAUAAUUGUAUGUAUACUUGUGAAUAGCAAAGUCUCCCCCUAUGCGGUUUCAGCAAAGACAAGAAGUUUCUCCUCAUUACUUAUUUUUUAUAGAUAACUGGCAAAGUCUGAGCUGUUUUCAUUUUUAUACCAUGCAGUAUAUGAAAAAUUUUGAUUGCCUUUUAUGACAUUCUUCUACAGAUUAAGCAGCACAGACUUAUGCCCUAUGUUUUUGUAGUAGUUUCCUUAUUGUCCAUUCUUGAUUCAUGAUCCAAACCAGCAUUGUUUAUCUCAUCACACAGAGUGGAGGGUAGAGAGGGGCCUCUCCCUUCCCCCACCAGUCAGUCCCAGAGUUAUCACAAACAUAACCAGUCACAUAAGCCAAAUCCAGUAGUAGAUCACAAACAUACCUACCCAACAGCACAAAAGCCCACUCGAGUGGGCACCCACAUAUCAAACUCUUCCCAUGCACCAAGGCAUUCAUUAUUUAUGACAAAGUUUACUUGAGCUCUUAUGCCAGUACAGUGAUAUUUGAAAUUGCCGUAUUUAUAUCAUUGUUUGUACUUUAAUAAACUAUGAAUACUGUAUAAAUUUCUUGUCAUGUGCUGCAUAAUACAAAUAGUGACCUGAGUCUUAAGUAAUGGAAAUGGUGUUGUGUAAAGUGAGACCCCCCUCCCACCCCGCCACUCAUCAUCAUCAUCAUCAUCAUCUCUGAACCACAACAUGUCAAACAGAGAGGAGUUCCAUUAGAGACAUUAAAUGAUCAGCAAAAGA